AUGGCCUCUGCUAUCCCUACAGCGCACCGGGCCAAUAAUCAGGCUCCGCCGCCUGGUGCCACUCCUGCCUCGCCUCCGAACAAGCGCGAUCUCAAGUCGUGGUGGAAGAGCUUCAAGCUGCCCUCAAAGCAUCAAGAGCCCUCAGCAGAAUCUAAAGCGCCCGGCAUCUUUGGGGUUCCGCUGCGGCAGAGCAUUACCUACGCCAACGUCGCCAUAUCCCUCAUCGACGAAAAUGGCCAGAGCUACAUUUACGGAUACGUUCCUAUCGUCGUGGCCAAGUGUGGCGUUUUUCUCAAGGAGAAAGCUACUGGAAUCGAGGGCAUUUUCCGGUUGAGCGGUUCUGAGAAGCGCAUCAAGGAGCUCAAGCACAUCUUUGACUCUCCCGACCGCUACGGCAAGGGGCUCGUCUGGGACGGCUAUACUGUUCACGAUGCGGCCAACGUCCUCCGCCGAUAUCUCAAUGACCUCCCAGAGCCCGUCGUGCCCCUGGAUCUGUACGAAAAGUUCCGCGAUCCGUUGCGUGGGGCAACCAAGCAGGCCGUUGGGGAUGCUGAAGGCCCCCAGUUCGUGGACAACUUUGACGAGAAGGCCGCCAUCGAAAAGUACCAAAAGCUCAUCACGGAGCUGCCCCCGCUUAACAGGCAGCUUCUCCUCUACAUCCUCGAUCUCCUCGCCGUCUUUGCCGCCAAGUCGGAUGAGAACCGCAUGAAUUCGCAGAACCUGGCGGCCAUUUUCCAGCCUGGCAUGCUGUCCCAUCCCACGCACGCCAUGGCGCCCGAGGAGUAUAGACUGAACCAAUGUGUUCUCAUCUUCCUGAUUGAAAACCAGGACCACUUCCUCAUUGGCAUGCAAGGCACAGCCGCCGACGAAAAGACCAUGAAGGAGGUGGCCUCGGGCACCCCGACAGGACCCUUGACUCCCAACCCCAAUAGGACCUCGGGCCUCGACAGGUCGUCAUCCAACGCCAGCGCAGGUGCCACGAGCGUUCGGCGCGAUGGCAAGGUUCGCAGGAAUAGAUCUGUUUCUUCGCGCCACUCCCGGCAGGAGGGCAACGCAACGCCAAGCAGUCCCUCGCUGGCGACAACCCCCACGGGCGGUCUAGGUAGGAGCAACACCGUCCCGUCCAAAAAGUCGCCCGCUCUGGCCGGAGCCAAGUUCAAGAGAAACGAUGGCCCUGGUCACCAAUCGCCCGGCUACCUCGAGCCCAUGACCCCUGUUCGCCCAGCGCAGCGCGCGAAUCACUCCCAGCGGUCGAGCCCGACGCCCGCCACUCUUGGUGCUGCAAGCCUUCCACUCGCCCUUGGCUCGGCGUCUGGGCUGAGUCAAGAGAGGCUUCUGGAGGUGCCCCAGGAAACAUCGACUCCGCAAGGAAAGGAGCGGAAUCUGCAGAGCUUGUUCCAGCGAUCGCCUGGGGAAGGCGGCGAGAGGAGGCAGCCGAACAAGCUCAAGAAGAAGCGGAUAUCAGGCAUGAACAUUAGCGCCCAAAGCUCCAGCGCCUCGUUGGUUCACUCAAAUGCCGUGUCCCCGGCGGUCGAGGCGGCGAACCCGAUGGAAACGAUGCAGCCCAUUCCGGAACCCGUUUCGCUGCCGGCGCCAGAUGCACCCUCGCAGCUUGCCACGGAACCCUCGCCUUCCACUUCACAGGCUACCGCCGCGGCGCUAGCCGUGCAACGGGGCCAUGCAUAUCCCUCGCCGACUCAGGCAGGCGAGAGAUCAUCUGAUCACACUCCCCGCGCAUCUUACGUUCCGGCCAACAGCAAUCUGCACCCCGACAAUCUGUUGCGUGGGAAGAAGUCUCCGCCAACGUCCGUCCACUCGUCGUUCAACGAGGGAUCAGACCUGGACCAAUCGACGGAUGAUAUGCCGGCGCCGUUGUCCGAAAACUCAGAAAGAGAAAAGAAGAAGCGCUGGAGACUAUCGAGAAGCAGAAAGGAAGACAACGGCUCCACGAGUUCUUUGGCGACGCCCCCGCACCUCAACAUCGGCACCAACGAUAAUGCAGAGAUCAGCACCACGUCUAUAGGCAGCGGCGUCAGCAAGCCACGCAACAGCGUUACGAAUGAGGGCUCAGAGCCCACGACCUUGGCCAGCGUGGAAGGCCAGACGAGCCAGGAGGGGGGAAGGGACAACGGCAAAGACGACGCCAAGGGGCCGAUAGGCUGGAUCAGAAACAAAUAUCGCGAAGCCAAAGAAAGCGCUGAGCAGAGACGGAACAAGUCGCCACCCGCGGACCGCCAGGCACUCGGUGCCGCCUUUCUCUCACGUGGGAGGAGCCUGGAUCUGAAAUGCGACAGGGUCGACGAGAGGCAGCCGGAGAGGGAGGCCAUUGCCGAGAAAGAGGUCCAUGAGCCGCCGGCUCUGAAGGAGGCCACGCUCAGGACCCCUGUGGCAGCUGCUGCGGCGGCAUCGUCAGGAGCACACGCCGAGACCCAGAAGCAUAUUGCAGUGGACGCGUCAAAGGAAGCUUCCACGGAGGCGUCAGAAGAGCCCCGAGCUGAGCCGCCGCCUGCAGCUCAACCCGAACCAGCCCCCGCGACCAUGACGGAGGCUCAAGCCCCUACCGAACCGCCCAGGAACGAGUAA